UCGUUGUCCCCGGCACUUUGUCGCAUGCAACCUCUCUUCGAGGCCUUCCUGGUCGUGAAGGCACCUGACUCUGUGAAGAACGCUUCCUCAUCCAAGAAUGCUGGCAAGUCUUCGAGCUCAAUGGACGUGGACAAGGCUGCAGAGGGUGAGUGCUCGCCUGGCAGAAAUCCCAGCGCACUCAACGUGAAGGAGUUCGUGUCAUUCGCCGAACAACACAGGCAUACUCUAAACAUGUAUAUCCGCCAGGACAAGUCGUUGUUACACUCCAUUGCUUUUGCGCCUCUUGUCCGAUACCCCAAGUUGUUGGACUUCGACAACAAGAAGCACUUCUUCAGGUCUGAGCUGAAGAAGCGCAACGUCAGCCAGCGAUACAACUCCAUCAGGAUCAACGUCAGGAGGGACUACGUGUUUGAAGACUCGUUCCACCAGAUAGUCCUGAGGAAACCGGACGAGCUCAAGGGCAGGCUGACGGUCACCUUCAACGGGGAGGAGGGAGUAGACGCGGGAGGGCUGACAAGGGAGUGGUAUCUCAUCCUCUCGAAACAGAUGCUGAACCCAGACAAGGCUCUGUUCAUUCAUUCGGCCAACGGUCUGACGUAUCAACCGAAUCCUGCCUCCACGAUCCAGCCCGAUCAUCUUAAGUACUUUAAGUUCGCUGGUCAAAUAGUCGGCAAGGCGAUCUGGGAUGAGCAGCUUCUUGACAGCCACUUCACGCUGUCCAUGUACAAACAUAUGUUAAAUCAGCCGAUCGAGUACACCGACGUGGAGUCGAUCGAUCCGGAGUAUUUUAGGAACCUGGGAUGGAUGCUCAACAACGAUAUCACCGACAUCCUCGAGGAAACUUUCAGCAUCGUGCGAGAGCAGUUCGGGGAGAUGCUGACCAUCGACUUGAAGCCCAACGGAAGGAACGUCCCUGUAACAGAGGAGAACAAGCACGAGUAUGUACAGCUGGUGGCGGAGCAGCAGAUGACCAAGGGCAUCAAGGAGCAGAUCGAUGCGUUCAAGGAGGGCUUCCACCAGCUCAUGCCCCUGACCUCAUCUCCAUCUUCACUUCAAGACCUCCGGCUCAACACCGAGUACACCGGCUACACCAGAGAGUCUCCUCAGAUCCAGUGGUUCUGGAAUAUCGUACAGACGCUCAGCCAGGAGGACUUGGCUCGCCUCCUUCAGUUCGUCACGGGAACAUCGCAGGUCCCCAUGGACGGUUUCAAGGCCUUGAGAGGGAUGAAUGGACCGCAGAAGUUCAACAUUCACCGCUGCGGUGACAAGAAGCGACUGCCGUCAUCCCACACUUGCUUCAACCAGCUGGACCUACCGGAGUACAGCUCGGAGGAAGAGCUGUCCAAGUAUCUUCUGAGCGCCGUGCGCGAGGGCUUCGAGGGCUUCGGUUUCAGCUGAGCUGAAGGAAUUGAUAGGGAAGAUGUAAAUAUAAGGGAAGGAGCGUCUAGUAGAGGAGGGGCAGCUGACAGAGCAAAGUUUGAAGUUUCAUUGAAGAUACAAGACCAACAGU